AUGUUUCCUCUCGCAAGAAACUCGGUGCUCCGCGCCGCCCGCGCCCAGAUCCUCCCCUCCACGCGCACCACCACCGCCAUUUCCUCCGCCGCUCUCGCCCGCCUGCUCUCCACCCUCGCCGUGCUCGAACAGCGUGACGGCAAGAUCCAGCCCUCCUCCCUGUCCGCCAUCGCCGCGGCUCAGAAGCUCGGAGGCCCCAUCACUGCCUUCGUGGCCGGGGCCAAUGUGAAGGCGACCUCCGCGGCCGAGGCAGCCCAGAUCAAGGGUCUGGACAAGGUCGUUGCGGUGGAGAAUGAGGCCUACGAGAAGGGCCUUCCCGAGAACUACGCCCCUCUGCUCGUCGAGAACAUCCAAAAAGGCGAAUACACGCACGUGGUCGCCGGCCACUCGGCCUUCGGCAAGAGUCUCCUGCCCCGCGUGGCAGCUCUGUUGGAUGUGCAGCAGGUUUCCGACAUCACUGGCAUUGAGAGCGAGGAUACCUUCGUCCGCCCCAUCUACGCCGGCAACGCCAUCCUAACCGUGCAAUCGACCGACCCGAUCAAGAUUCUCACCGUGCGCGGCACCUCGUUCCAGGGCGUUGAGACGAGCGGCGGCGCCGCCGCCAUUGAGGCCGGCAGCGACCCCAAGGCCCCCUUGCAGACGGAGUGGGUGUCGGAGGAGCUGGCCAAGUCCGAGCGGCCGGAUCUGGCGACGGCGCAGCGCGUCGUCUCCGGCGGCCGCGGCCUGAAGUCCAAGGAGGAAUUCGACCGCGUCAUUGUGCCCCUGGCCGACACCCUGGGCGCCGCCAUCGGCGCCUCGCGCGCCGCCGUCGACAGCGGCUUCGCCGACAACAGCCUGCAGGUCGGCCAGACGGGCAAGAACGUCGCCCCGCAGCUGUACCUGUGCGCGGGUAUCUCGGGCGCCAUCCAGCACCUGGCUGGCAUGAAGGACAGCAAGGUCAUCGCCGCCAUCAACAAGGACGCCGACGCGCCGAUCUUCCAGGUCGCCGACGUGGGGUUGGUCGGGGAUCUGUUUGAGAAGGUGCCCGAGUUGACGGAGAAGCUGAAGAAUCAGGCUUAA